GUUCUAAAAUCACAACGUUCACAAAAAAAGUUCCCUUGAAAUGGGAGCUAUCUCUUACGUGCAAUCGUAUCGUCCCUUCUUCCACAGCUUAUUGAACUUUUCCUCCAAUUUAUGGGGCGUCCGUCUCUCUCUCCCUCCAUCUCGCUGUAGCCGGUCGUUGCAUUUCCCGGAAUACGCAAAUUUCCAGAUACUAUUCCCCGGCCGCGCUGGUUACAAUUUCCCGAGGAGAAGGGAAAAAAACAACUCGGGUUUCUCGGAUCGUCGGAUUUGCAACUUCUGUUGUCGUGAUUCAGCUGUGAGCCUGUGAUUCAUACUAUUGCAAAUUUCUUUGAUAUCGCCGAUUCUGAUAGCUUGCUGGGGAGGAUUCUAGCUUCGGUGAAUUUACUUUGUUUUGCGCAAAAGGUGGAGGAGAUUGAGUUGAUUUGUCGGUGAAGAUGGCGAGUCAAGGAAGUUCUUCAAGAAGAAGUCUAUCAUUUACAAAGAAGAAGAAAACCUCGGAGAAUGGAGGCCCUGAUUCUGCGAGAAAGUCUCUAUCACUUUCGCGGUCCAAGGGACUGACUGGAGAGCGUACUGUAAAACGGCUGCGGCUCUCAAAGGCACUAACAAUUCCUGAAAAUACAACUAUUCUUGAGGCUUGCCAUCGCAUGGCUGCUCGUAGAGUUGAUGCUUUGUUGCUAACUGACUCCAAGGCAUUACUUUGUGGAAUCCUUACGGACAAGGAUAUAACAACUAGGGUUAUUGCCUGUGAGGUUAAUCUGGAGGAGACACCUGUUUCCCAAGUUAUGACAAGAAACCCAACUUUUGUUCUCUCUGACACGCUUGCUGUUGAAGCCCUCCAAAAGAUGGUGCAAGGAAAAUUCAGACAUUUGCCAGUAGUGGAGAAUGGGGAGGUCAUGGCCUUACUUGAUAUCGCAAAGUGUUUAUAUGAUGCCAUUGCUCGUUUGGAAAGGGCAGCUGAAAAGGGAAAGGCUAUUGCUGCAGCUGUUGAGGGUGUCGAAAAACAUUGGGGGACAUCAGUUUCUGGUCCCGAUACCUUAAUUGAAACAUUGAGGGAGCGGAUGUUUAAGCCUUCUGUGUCUACAAUCAUUCCGGAGAAUUCAAAGAUUGUAACGGUUUCCCCAACAGAAACAGUUUUAGUGGCAACAAAGAAGAUGCUUGAAUUUCGAUUAAGCUGUGCAGUUGUGACGAUUGAUAACAAACCACAGGGAAUUCUUACUUCAAAGGAUAUCUUGAUGCGGGUAAUAGCAGAAAAUCUUCAUCCAGAGUCCACUUUAGUAGAGAAGGUCAUGACACUGAAUCCAGAAUGUGCAACGGUAGACACACCAAUUGUUGAUGCACUGCAUAGUAUGCAUGAUGGAAAGUUUUUGCACCUUCCUGUACUAGAUAGAGAUGGAAAUGUAGUUGCUGUCGUGGAUGUAAUACAUAUCACUCAUGCUGCUGUAGCCACUGUCGGAAGUACUGCUGGCAUAAGUAAUGAAGCCACAAGCACUAUGAUGCAAAAGUUCUGGGAUUCCGCCAUGGCCUCAAGUCACCAUGGUGAUGAGGAGGAUACACCAAGUGAAGGUUCCUUGAUAUUGGCUUCAGAGGUAACAGAGACAGAGAGAUCACUUCCCUUUCCCUCAUCGAACCUGCAAAAUACAUUUUCUUUUAAAAUCCAAGACAAGAAGGGAAGAAUGCAUAGGUUCACUUGUGAUGUCCAGGGUUUGGCAGAUCUUAUAGCUGCAAUCCUUCAGAGGGUGGGAGAUGACAUUGAUCCCAACCACCUGCCCCAGAUUCUGUAUGAAGAUGAAGACCAUGAUAAAGUUGUCCUAGCAUCAGAUAAUGAUCUUGCUGCUGCUGUGGACCAUGCAAAGUCAGCUGGUUGGAAGGGUUUGAGAUUGCAUUUAGACUACUCGGGAACACGAGGUCGUCGGAGAGCUACCAGUUCAGGAGGUUUGGAUUAUUAUGCCGAUGAAGAUGCAUGGGCAUCUGCAUAUAGUGCUGUUGCAGCAGGAGCUGCAGUUGUAGCUGGUUUAGGUGUAUUAGCAUACUUGAGAAGAUCCGGGACCUGAUUUCAAACAACACUUUCAGAGCUGAUUUGCUCCCAAGGCUGAUUUGCAUCGUGCUUCAUACAUUAAUUUUUAUUUUUUUAUUUUUUUAAAAUUACCACAUUCAAGGAAAAUCAAUUUUCUGGUACCGUGUAUUCUAAUAAACUAGUUGCCACAUUGUUAAUUUUUUAAUUUUAUUUUUGUUAAUAACUUAA